AUGAAGGUGGCGGUGUUGGACCUGGGCACCAUCUUCGCCAGGCUCUUCAAGCCCUCCGCGGCUCCAGCCCCGGGCCCCGCCGCCUCCUCCUGUUCCCCCGUGCCCGGGGCGGCUCCCGGCUGCCCUGCCGCGUCCAGGGCGCUGCCUCCCCCGUCUCCCCUCCAGCCCCUGCCCGCCCCGUCCUUCCCCCGCGCUCCCGUGCCCGGCUCCCUGCCCGUCAGCCCCCGGCCGCUCCCCCCACUAGCGGGGGGCUUCCCGGGGCGGGCGGCUCCCGGUGGCGGGGCUGGGGUGGCGCUGCCCCCGGGCGGAGGCGGCAGCUCCCCGCGCCAGGCAGCGGCUCCCGCGGACAGAGAGCCCGGCGCCUGGGCAGCCCCCAGCGCCAAGCCGCUGCUCUUCGUCACCCUGCCCGACAUCGGCGAGGAGGGGGUGGCCGAGAGCGACCCCGACGGCCGAGCCUGCGCCUCUAACGCCGCCGACCUAGCAAAGGGGCUGUCCAAAGGAUCUACAGAUCAUUGUUUCCCAGGGAAGAGUGGAGAUCUUCCAGCAAUUUUUAUGAGAAAUGUGCAGGACGCCAUUGACAAUUUUACCUGUGAAACUGUUUCGUCACUGUCUUCUAGCAGUCCUAUAACACCAACAGACUUGAAUAAUUCUUGGUCUGGAAUACAAAGCUAUACUACUGGCUUGUCCACUGAAAGAAGCUCAAUUUACUCUUGGAGGGAUGAUGAAUUUGACAAAGCUAAUACACAAAGAGUGCAUCAGUCAUUCUGGGAUGUGGAUGAAAUGUUGUUUGAAGGAAAAGUGAGUUCUCAAACCCAGAGUCUGCAGGCAGAAUGUAAAGAAUGGACCAAACGUUCUCUUCAUCUGAGGAUUUUAGGAAAACAGCUCCUUUUUCCUAGAGAUGAAGGCUUUCAGCAUUUUCAGAGCAGAACGACUUGCUCGGUGUACACCAAAUCUUUACUUGGUCUCUGUGAAAGCACUAGCAACACAAAAGAGCUGUGCAUUUCGGGAUCUAAACUAGUUCCAAUAGCAUCCCCAGUACACAAAUCAUUAGACUGUGGUUCCUCAAGGAUUUCUGUCUCUGACUCAUCUGAGUAUUCAUUCCUGGAAGAAGAAAUCUAUGAGGUGGAUGGAAAAAUUGAAGAGUAUCUUGCUUUUGACAACAAGGAGCUUGAUGAUGAGAGUUUGGAACAAAAGAAAGCCCAGCUUGCUCGAAAGAGGAAUAAACGUGGCAUUCCUCCUGUUUCUCCCAAUGCCUGUAUCAAAGAUGCAGUGGCUGCUGAAGUGUUUGAUGGUGUCUGGAGCAAUAUAGUUGAAAUAUUGGAGGAGCUGAUUAGAAAAAACUGGGAAACUGCUAUCACAGAGAAUGAUAAGCAGGUGGAGAAAUUGAAAGCUAUUACAAGUAAAUUGCCACAUCUACUAGUCUCCCGUAUUACAGCAGAUACAGCAAGUGUCCCCCCAUCAAGAGGCUCUGAGGCACGAAGCACAUCUUUUGGUUCGCAUUUUGUUCCAUCUCAGGUUCACCGUUUCUCCAGCAAUUUUUAUAGUGAUUUGAAUGGUGUCAUGACAAUUCAAGCUAAACCACUCCAACAGAGGCAUGCAGGCUUGGCAGACAAGAUACAGAAUGAACAAGAAGACAAACAACAUAGCAUAGGCUCCAGUGUUCUCAACUCAGUGCGGAAUCGGCGGGGGCGAAUUACUGAUAACAGUAUUCUCUCAUCAUCUCGGGUACUGCUGGCAUCUUCUAGGAAAAUGCCAACCCAUCGUAGGCUACCGUCUCUCACUUCAGACCCACUAUGUUCAAAGUCUCCUAAUGUGUACAGUGAUGAAGUCCUUAGGGGAACUAAACUGUAUACUGGCUUAGAUCGCUUGUCCUCUCCACUUGUACAUACAGCCCGGAACAAGUUACCACCAAUAAACACAGAGGCUGUUGAACAGUAUCUUUCAGUACCUGGAUCACGGCAAGGCUUUCAUAGAGGGCGAUAUCCUCAUAGUAGAGUGUCAAGCGCAGUACCUGACAGUACAGAGCGACGACCACUUAGAGAACGAACUGUCAUUAUUGAUCAGUUUUCAAGACCCAACACAACUCACACAUUCAGGUCAGACACCCCUCAUAAAAGGUCAUUGACGCCCAUGGAUUUUGCUAACAAUACAUGGACAGGUCAAGGCUUUUUAACAGGGUCACAACAUUACUCCAAAUCCUUUCAAAGAAAUCCAUCCACUUCCAGGAAGAGAUUUCAAGUAGCCUCUUAA